AAUCCCCGCCUGCAAUAGUCAACAACCGCCGAGAAUCCAUCGCAUCACAUUCGUACAAAGUAGCCGAGUAAAAGACAGUAACGAUGCUCAAGGCGGUCAUGAUAUUCAAUAACCACGGAAAACCACGGCUCAUGCAGUGGUAUCAGCAAAUGGACGUAAGCACACAGCAGGAAAUGUUGAAGGAAAUAUUUCGACUUGUGCAUAAAAGGCCAGAUCACGUUUGCAACUUCCUGGAGGGGAGUACAUUACUAGGCGGACAGGACACCAAAAUAAUAUAUAGGCAUUACGCAACACUGUACUUUGUUUUUGUUGUUGAUUCCUCAGAAAGUGAAUUGGGGAUCCUGGAUCUGAUACAGGUUUUCGUGGAGGCGUUAGACAGGAUAUUCACCAACGUUUGCGAGCUAGAUUUAAUUUUCCGACCGGAUGAGGUAUCACAAUUGUUGUCGGAGGUGAUAUCAGGAGGAAUGGUCCUCGAAACAAAUAUAAAUGAUAUUGUGACCAUGAGUGGCGUGCGGAAGAUACAAUCAGCUCGAUGAUGGAAAAAAUGCGCUCAGAGCCUUCUACUUUGUAAAUAGUAUGCAAAUAAAGCUAAUUAAAUCGGGA